GCAGCAGGAAAGAAGAAAAGAUGGACAAAGAGGAGGCAGACUCAUCACUUCCUCGCAUUGCCUCACCUUCCCCUGACCAACAGCCCUUGUUUAACUUGGGGACCAGCGAAGGGGGACGGGGAGGAAGCAGUGCGCCAGUAUUUGAUGAUGCUCUGGAUGGCCUUCCUUCGUUUGGGCAGGAGGAAGAUGAUGAAGACUGGCACUUUGCCCUGCCCAUGGGCACCCUGGAAGACGUUGAUGUGGAUAAGGCUGGCAGGAAAAGCAGCCAACAGGAGAACAGCGAAGCUCAACGCGAUACCUUUGCUUCUGAGUCAAAGGCAGGAGAGGAAGAAGAGGAGGAGGAAGAGGAAGAGGACCAAGAAGAGCAAGAAGAGCAAGAAGAAAGGGCAGGGAGCACCGGGUCCGCUAACACCUUCCACUCCUCUCAGGACAACAGCAGAGAUGGAGGCGUCCUGAACCAGACAGAGGAGACCGAAGACAGUCAACAGGGAGAGACAUCAGAGGCAGCUCCAGUGGAGGACAGCAAUCCUCCGGUUUCUCCAAGUGUGAAUAUUAAAGAGGAGCCUAUUGAUGAAGGUUACGAUGCUGCGUUACUGCCUCAAAGCUCCAUCAGACAGAUCAAAGAGGAGCUCGAGCACCAGGAGGAGGAGCUGAGGAUCAGCUCUGUCUACUCCGUAGGUGGGGGGAACACCUUUGCAUCUCCUACCAUUUGUCCCCUCUUAUCCACUCCAGUGCCAGCAGCAGUCCCAGCCCCGACUCCAACUGCCAUUUUUAUCCCUGGCAGAGGAGCUGUCCUACAAGCCAUGGCUCCCCUCCCCAUCAGACCUCCAGCUCUGAUCCCAACUUCACUGCCAGCUCUGGCGACAAUACCUCCACGCCCGCCACAGCCCCCAGUUCCUGGUAGCGUUCGCUGCAGCGGCUGCUCUAAGGUUCUGCUGAAAGGUCAAACGGCUUUCCAGAGAAAAGGUUCGACGCAGCUCUUCUGCUCCACCGUGUGUCUGACGGGUCAUCUUCCUCCACCCAUCAAGAACCGAAGCUGUUUCCAGUGCAACAGGGAGAUCAUCCAGCCCAGGGACAUGAUCACAAUCCCAGCAGAAGACAGCACCUUCAUGCACUUUUGUGGCCAGUUCUGUUUGUCUGUGUUUAGGCACAAGAAGAAACAGACUGACAAGAUUCCUGACAAAUGGGCUGAUAAACGAGUGGAGAGAAAGCCAGAGAAGCCGCCUGAGAAAGCAGCAGACCGCCAGACUGAUAAACCCUUCUGUAGUGUCUGCAAAGUCUCCAACAAACCAAUUGAGCACGAGGUCACCCAUCAAGGCCGCCUGCACAGACUCUGCAGCGAUGCGUGUUUUGUAACUUGGCGCAAGAUACGCCAGUUAGCCAUGAACUGCUGUGAAGGCUGCGGGCUUUACUGCAACACCAAAUCAGGUUCCUGUCAGACGCUCACGAUUGAAAGGUCUCAGCUCAACUUCUGUGGUCCCACCUGCAUUAGCACCUACAAACAGACCUGCAGAAAGACGACGGAGUGUGCCUACUGUCAUAAGACGGUGAUCGUGUCCUCCACAAUCAUGGAACGAGACCAGAAGGGCAAAGUUCAGCUUUAUUGUUCACUGGUUUGCGUGGAAAAGAGUCGACCACCUCAACACAAUCUCACUGGUACUCCAUUCCCAUGCUGCCUAUGCAAAGUGACAGCUGUUCCUCAGUAUCAUCUGGCCAUGGUGGACGGCACCAUACGCAACUUCUGCUCCUAUACCUGUGUGUCUAUCUUCAGGAAGUCUGGCCACACCUCCCAGCCAGAUCUAACCAAUGGAGCCUCCUCUCUCAGGGACCCCUCCAUCAGAGAUGCCCCCAAACCAGGUCCCUCUGCCGGAGCCAGCUCAGUCCCUCCCGUCCCUCAGGAUUACCCCUCCUCAGUCCCCUAUCCAGGCCAUCAUCCCAGCCAUACCUCAGUGCCCCCACUUGUGCCUCCCCACCCGGCCAUCUCCUCCCCCUCUGUGCCAGGACAAACCCAAGCUGGCCACCCCCUGAAACCGGCAGAGGGCCAGCCAGGUGACGCCUCCAAACUGACCUGCCAUCAGUGCAGCAAACAGUUCAACACCAAGCCGCUGCUGUUUAGUCAUCAAGGCCGCAUUUCUGUGUUCUGCAGUAAGAUGUGCUGUGAGCAGUAUAAAACCCAGAAAAAUAUCCUUGCCGUUUGCGAGUGGUGUAAACAGGAUAAGGUGAUCUUUGACAUCAUCUCCUACAACCAGCAGGACCUGGUCUUCUGCAGUGAAAACUGUAAGCUGCUCUUCAAGCAUGACCUGACCUCUCGUAACAAGGAGCAUGCCUGGCGUCCCUGCACCUACUGCUCUGGCAUCACGCAGAAGAUGCUGCACAGCCACUACGGAGGCAAGCUAGAGGAGUUCUGUAGACCCCACUGCAUGUCCCAGUACACUGUGCUCUACUAUGGGAUGGGUCGGUGUGAUAGUUGUAGGAAACAGGGCUACAUGACGGAGAAGCUGCAGUGUUUGGGUUCGGUGCGUAACUUCUGCAACCUGCCCUGCGUGCAGCAGUACUGCCACCUUCACUUCGAGACGAGCCAACACAGCAGCAGUAAUGGGACUGGAACGGCGCCACAGACACCAUACGCUCCAACCCAACCCCACCACUCCUCAAAGAUGAAUCCAGUCAUAGCUGACGUCGUCUCGUUGGCCAACGGCUCCGCGACUCAGCCCAGCGUGUCAGCAGAUACCACUCUGACCGGAGCACUUCCAACCUCCAGUGUAGAUGGCAAGAACCUCGACCACGCCAGUACUCAGACUGAUGCCAUGCGCGUGCCUUCAUCCCGUCGACGUCAGAUGAAGAACAAGUCCGUUCUGUGCCGGCCCUUCACCGUGGACCAAGAGAUCAUGUGCCAGCUGCCUUCCACUGAAUCAGGAGCAGGUGAGGAUCGUGUGAAGGUGAUAAUGGUUCCAGUCCCAGUGCCGGUCUUCAUUCCAGUGCCUAUGAACAUGUACUCCCAGCACACGCCUGUUCCACUGCCUAUGCCCAUGCCUGUUCCAGUACCCAUGAUGGUGCCACCUCAGAGCAAAGAGACAAAAGAAGCCUCUGUCCAGUCAGAGGCUUCUUUUGUGGAGGAAGAUACACAGAAAGAUGAGUCCAGUGCAGACCAGAGCACCUCUGAGAGUGGAGACAUGAAGUCUGAAGUGGUUGCUCCAACAGUCCCUCAUCAUGAGGAGGCUCAGAAAGAAGAAGAGGAGCCAGCUGACCUACCACUUACUCAGAGUUCAGAGAAGAGUCCAGAGACAGCUGAUCCAGAGCCGGAGAUGAGCCAAAUGACAAGCGACCCUGCUGCCAUCUGUGCCGAAGAUCAGCCUCCCACCUCCCCGAUGAUGGACUUGGAAAGUGACUUCCCUCCCGAAUCAUUGGAUCAGAAGUCGCCGGCUCCGCAGCGAGGAGUGAAGCGACCCAGAGAGGGCUCGUCUGGUAGAAAACGGGGUCGGAGGCGGACCGGAUCUCUGGAGCGCAGUGCGGCAGCGGCAGCGGCGGCGGUGGCGGCAGCGGCGACACCACCUGUCGUCUCCAAACUGAACCACCUGUACGGGGUUAAAGCCUGGAGAAGCUGGGUCCGGCAGCACAAAAAGCAGCCCCAAAUAUCAGCCGAUCUGGUUGAAGUCAAAGAAGAUGUCCUGCAGUGCAACUCCGCUGAGCUCAGCUUUGGUCUGUCUCGCUUCAUCAAAGAAGUGCGACGGCCAAACGGGGAGACCUACAGCCCGGACAGCAUCUUCUACCUCUGUCUGGGGAUACAACAGCAUCUGUUUAUGACGGGUCGCAUAGAAAACAUCUUCACUGACCAGCUGUACAGUCAGUUUGCCUCUGAGAUCUCUGGGAUGCUUCGACUCUGGAAACCAAAGCUACUAGCUGGCGGUGGCGCCGUUUCCUCCCGUGUCGAGGAGUCCUACCUGUGGGAGUGUAAGCAGCUGGGCGCCUACUCACCUUUAGUGUUGCUCAACACGCUGCUCUUCUUCUGCACCAAACAUUUCCACUUCAACACCGUGGAGAAGCACCAGCGGCUGUCUUUUUCCAACUUCACUCGCCACUCUAAACCCUGCAGUCGAGCCGGCAAAGUCUACUACCUCCGAUUCCAGAGAAGCGGGGCUGGUGCGUCCGGCUCUGAAGAGACAGAACGACUCAGAAGAAGACAGGUGGAGGCUGAGGGGGACCUGGAGAUGAUGGAAAACGUCACCAAUCCCCUGCAUUGUCCUGUCCGGCUGUAUGAGUUCUACCUCUCCAGAUGCCCAGAGUCUGUGAAGAAAAGGACCAACGUGUUUUACCUGCAGCCUGAACAGAACGUCCACACACACAGUCCUCACUGGUACACUUCUCAGCCAUUGGAUGCCACCACUCUACAGAGCAUGCUCACCCGCAUCUUGGCUGUCAGAGAGGUUCAGAAGGAACAGAAAGCAGCGUGUCACGCGCCCUCAUCUGCAGCCGCCAAGAGUGAUGGCUUACAGUGAUGUCGAGCGCUUACAGUCCCCUCUGUGGUCAAAACAUUCCCUGAAUUAAAACUGUACUCAUCGGUCACAUUGGACGGAGGCCGACAGGGAGACGGAACAGCCAGAGACGCGAUGAACAGACACUUCGAAGUGGAGAUCAUCGGUUUGUUACCUCACCGGCCGUCACAGAAACGCACAAAGAGUUUACAAACAUCUGAUGUUAUUAGACAGGAAAAAGGGAAUGUUACACACAGCUUUCAGUGCCCAGCAUGUCAGAUGUGCUUUUUACUUCAGAUACAGACUGACGAGGGGUGGCGCCCAUCUGAGUUAUUGUCUUAUCGGUGUCUCCCCUUUUUGCUUCAGCCCUGCUGUUUCCAGAUCGUUCCCUGGAAGUCCCGUUCUGUCCCUCCAGCUUCAGUUCAUUUCAUUGUACAUCCUGUAUAAUGACAAUAAAGGCAUUCUAUUCUAUUCAUUUUGGGGAAGAUGACAAUGUCACACAGAGCCAGUUCUGAUGAGAAGGGUGGGUGCUGGGCAAAACCUUUACUUACAUGGCUAAAAACCUCCUGAGCUGGUGAAUGAUGGCACUGACUUUCAGAGCUUUCUGCAGCUCCUGUCUCUAAAGAGUUUCCCUCGUUUUUACCAGCAUCCGGUCGGAUGUAAUACACAUCUACAGCCAGAAGAUGGUGGCAAUGCACAUAGGAAGUGUUACUCAGUACCAAGAAGGGCAAGUCAUCAGAGAAAAUCUGAGGAAGCCAUUAAACAUCCAUUUGUACAGAAACUGCCUGGGGUCCUCAUACUAAAUAUCUAAAAUAAUUAUUUACACAGGGUAGAACGGUGUCGCGGUGGUUACCAUUGUUGCCUCACACGCCUGGUCUCACAGGGGGCACUGGCACUGGUUACUGACUGCCAUAGGGCAGACCUGUAGAACCCGUGUGGUGCAGUGAGAUUAGAUGAUACUGCUUAAACAUGUAAAUCCCAAGAAGACUGCAGCCAUUAAACCGUUUAAAAACAAUGCAAAUAACAAAAUUAAAAUAAAAAAAUUAAAUUUAGGUCCAUUGCAAACUCCACCACAAGUCUGCAGCAGCCAUGAAAACUAUUCACUGUUCUCUGUGAAUAUCUUUGCUUGAAAUGCCCACCCGUGCUCCUGACCCGAUGCACUGCUUUCAGGCUCGGAUGCCACAGACUUUUCAACUGAAAGUUGGAUGUACCUGGACACCAGUCUCUCCUGAACACAUCAGUUGAGGUCAGUUUGACACAGAAAUUGACGUUUACUCUUUGCACGACCUCGAGGUCUGUGGUGGAACUGCAGGCGCAGAGUGCUGAAGCUCAUUAUGGGUCUUACAGGGAGCGAUCGAACAAUAGCGGAAAACCCAGAAACUGGAAGGCGACCUCAAAGGGGAGAUUGGCCAGAUAUAAUUCAGGUGUGGUUUUUAACAUUUUAUGGAUGGAUCUUUUAAUCACAACUUGUAUUUUAAUCAGUUAAAUUACUCAUCACAUUGGAUGGAGACGACUCUUACUGGUUGAGAUCUGAAUAAAACUUUAAAGUGGACCUAUUAUGCUCUGUUCUUGGAUUCUACUAGACUAGCUUUGCAUGAUUCACAGUUCAAAAUAAGCCUUCUCUGUCUUCCCUUCGUGCAGCCCCUCAGUUCAGAAACAAGCUCCUCCCCUUUUAGGCUACCUAUCUUCUUAUUGGCUGCCCCUCGUAAACAGAAAUUGGGUGGAGCUUCUGUUCUCAUGGACAGAGUUGUGUUCAUGCCAGGGACUUUGCCUCUCAGUGGCCUCAUACUUGUGCGUGCACUGGCUGGCCAUCAUUAAUAUGAUGAUCCACCACUCUAACAGUCUAUGAAAGCACAGUAGGUCCCCUUUAACAUUAUCAGUGUAAUAGAAAACUCACAGUGCCUCUCAUCUUUUCUUGUUUUAUUUUUUUAACUAAUUAUCAGAUAUUAUGUAGUUCCCCCAUUUAUACAGUCGAUCCCACGUGGCCUUAUUUUAUUGCCAUCAGCUUUCCCAUUUCUCUCUUUCUCUCCCCCUCCUCCUUGUAGUAAACAGUUAGCUCACUACUAGUGUAUAAUCAGCUGAAAUCUGAGUUUUAUUUGCCUCCUUUCUUUCCUCUUUCUAACACUUUCUUCUGCUUCAUCCCCUCUGUCCCCCCCUUUUCCUUUGGGUCCUAAUUAAAGGAAAAUGGAGUUGACAAAAUUUAGAUGAGCAGCAGACAAAUAAAAAGUAUGACAACAAUACUCGCACUAACCCCUAAACCUGGAGGUUUUCUGUGUUUUAAGUACAGGACUGUAUGGAGUUUUUCUUUUUUGGAGUCAUUCCUGUUUUCUGUGAGACUUUUGAUGAGGAAUGAACUCUGUGGUUCUUUUCACUUUGUUGCCACACCCAGGCGUGUCUCCACAUGCUGGAUAUUAAGGCCCCAUUGUUUUGAUUGUGUUUUGCUUGUUUUUUUAACCUUUGAACUUCCUUUCAUGAGCAGGUCACAGUUCUGCUGGUUGAACAGGAGCUUAAGGAAAACUCUGGGAUAAGUCGGGGUGUGUUGCUCCAUUGACUUAAUGAAAAUAUGAAUUUGUUCUUUGUCAUUGUGGACAUCGGGGACCAGGGGCGUUCGUACAGCCUUCAUUGUUACUUGUGUUUUUUGCCACCGAGGCUGAGGUGGCUUUACCUUUGCCUUGUGCUCACGCUUUGAUAUGGAAUCCAUGUUGCAGUGUAAACGAGCCCCUCACUGACGGUUAUAAGCACUUGCAGUGUCGACUGAUGGUGAAUUAAUCCACACGUGCACACGCAGACUUGUCAAGCAUAACUGUCACCGCUGCUCGUGUAAAUGAAAUAUUACUGUCUGAAUAUUACAGCUGCUGUCUGAAACUCCCAUUUAUUUCAUCAUGAUUGUUCAGUGAGAAGAGGCCCAACGAUGGUGUGAAGUUUUAUCUCAUGCACAAAAUGCUGAACUGCCAUUAAGUAUUAAAAAACAAAACAAAAAAACCCAGAAGAUCCACCAUAUCUCUUUGGUUUACGAGGUGAAGGGUUUGUUCAGUUUUGAAACAUCAAUUCAUAAAGUAAAACA